AUGCAACUUGCCUGUGGAAAAUAUGGCACUGCACUAGCGGCGGUCUGUGCGGAGGGGUCCAUAGCCAAUAUUCGCGUUCUACUCGAUGCUGGCGCGUUGAUAAAUAUGCCAAUCAUGUCAGGGCUCUAUGGCAACGCUCUCGCAGCAGCCUGCCACCAAAGCAACACUCCUGUGGUUGAAUUCCUGGUGAACCAAGGAGCAGAUGUCAAUAUGCAGCUUAGCCGUGGAUUAUGCCGCAGCGCACUCGCAGCAGCCUGCGCAGCGGGAUCCGUGGAAAAGAUUCACGUUCUACUCGAUGCUGGCGCGUCGAUUAAUAUGCCAAUCACUUCAGGACGCUAUGGCAACGCUCUUACUGCAGCCUGCUACCGAAGCAGCACAACCGUGGUUGAAUUCCUUGUGAGACAAGGAGCAGAUGUCAAUAUGCAGCUUAGCAGUGGAAUAUACGGCAGCGCACUCGUAGCAGCCUCCAUAGCGGGAUCCGUGGAAAAGAUUCGCGUUCUGCUCGAUGCUGGCGCGUCAAUCAACAUCCCAGUUACUUCAAGAUCCUAUGGCAAUGCUCUUGUUGCAGCCUGCCACCGAAGCAGCACCACCGUGGUUUCAUUCCUGGUGAGCCAAGGAGCAGAUGUCAAUUUGGUCCUGGAAAAUGGAGAGUUUCCAACUGCACUCACAGCCGCUAUCCGUGGGAGGAACAGUGAGAUUGUGCAAACACUUCUCAUUAUGGGUGCGGAUCCAAACGUCCAACUCCCGACUGGAGGCUUUGGAGAUGCGGUCUCUUUGGCAAUUCAUCUCAGGGAAAAGGUGUCAAUUGACACGCUGAUCCAGGCGGGGGCCCACAUCGGUCCCUUGGCCUCAGACUUGAUUCACACAUUGAGCUCUCUGAGUAACUACAACGACCUCCAUAUAGAAACCCAUGCAGAUUCCUGCUACAUUUCUUCAAUUGUGUUCGAUUGUGAGCUUCCUGAAAUGGCCAAGAAUUAUCACGAUCUAUCAUCUUGGUUGCCAAACAUGAGAGUCCUGGUCAGAAAGGAAACAGUCAUUGAAUAUUCCUCUGUCGAUCAAUUUCUUUGCAAGACCUAUGGCCUUAAGGCGAGACAUUUCCUCGGCAAUUUGGUCAGAUCCUUCGGAAGCAACCCAAGUUCAUACGGUGAGUCAAUUGCAAAUUAUUCCUCUUCUACAUGCUUAUUCUUAUUCCUAGUUGAUGGAACCAUGUCUUUUUCGAUACGCAAUAGUUCAAUCACCCUCGAGUGUUGUAGCCUCGACAAGGAGCUACCGAGCAUGUUCGAGUGGCUUUGUUACGUUAUCAGACAACGAGUACCAGGCAUCACCUAUCUACCCACCGCAGACAACAAAUACACAAAUGGAAGUCUUCGCCUGUCCCUGCAACCAAUACAGACCUUGCAUGUGAGGGACUCGUCGAACUAUUGUUGGACAGAACUAUUCGAGGGCGUGGCAAUUGCCUUGGGACCCGGGGUUCAAACCCCAGAGCCAUCUCGAGGCUUGGAAAUGGACUGCAAUACGAUGAUUCAACUAGCGGUAGUCGAAUAUCCAGUUCUGAUUGAUUCUGACACCGGCUCUCCCCCUGGCCUUGUUUUCCUUGGCUAUUCCACGGCUCUCAUUCCCAUUCGGGAAACCGAAGAUAACAUGAUUCUGUGGCAUUUAGAAGUCGCGAGUAAUGAUCGUCAAAUCAAAGCUUCCGAGCUUCAAGCAACACAAUCAGAAUGGCUACGAACAACGGAUUUAAGCUACCUCCUCUCAAAGAAAGCACUCUUAGGAUGGUGCUCUCAAGCGGAACUCAGAUUGGGUGCCAGGACAGAUGAUCUAAAUGUGACAUGGUCUCAAGCUAAAGUGAAGCCAUUUUCAUUUGAGCUCUCAGGAAUCAAUCUUCAAGCUCUUGCACAGUCUGCAGCCCCGGCUCAAUUUGGCAUCCAGGCUGGCGCAUCAUGGAAGCUGGUAAACAAUACCAUCAGGUUCACCCAGGCUGAUGAGUAUCUGAGGUGCUUGAACAAUAGUAGGGAGCAACAGAUCGUUCUCUAUGAUGUCAGUACUUCGAGAGCUUGGCUUGUUCCUUUGAUUUCAGUUUUUCACCACAUGCUGUUGGUCUAUUGGAAAAGAAUUCCCGAGAAAUUCCGAGAGAAUGAUAUUCCUCUUGCCGACCCUACGCCUCUGAACAUGGAUGCCUCUUAUGAAGCUCUAGUAGACAAGGGAGAAUUGAUCAUCCAACGAUCUGACCAAAUCGAACACUCUUUGACCAUUCGGAAACUUAUCAUCGGAUUUGCCAUCAAUCUGGGCAGGAUUUCGCUAAAAAAACCAAAGGGAAAUAAGAUCUACGGGUACGAGUUCAUGGACAUUGCGUGUGAAACUCAGACAACUACUUUGAAAAAGACAACACUUGAAAGGGACGGCCUGGCAUGGCUGCCGCUACUCAAGGAGAUCGAUUGUCUCUUCUGCUCGGACCUCGGGGAUGCAAUCGUUGGCCAACGCACAUCAGAAACUCUUUCGCCUUGCAAUGCCUUACCAAAAGGGUAUGACCUUCUGGCCGCAUUAAUCCGGAGUAUUGAGCACUUGUCGGAAUUGAAAGGUGGUUGCCAAGAGGGACAUAUCCGUCGAUUACUGAAUGAUAGCGCCUGGCAACCGACAGGCUCGCCUUUCCAGCCAUGCCAGCAUGAUAGCCAUGAAACAUGCUGGAAUCAACCUGAGUUCUUACAGAAAAUUACACCCGAACGAUCAAACGGUCAAAUUAGGAGUAUCUCCUUCCAUGACCACGUCAACGGUGCUGUUGUUUUUGGCGGACCCUUGAAACCGCGAAGGUUCACGAUUUCUUCUCGUGUCUCCGGGAAGUAUCAAAAUCAACCGGACACAAUCCGGAUACCGAUCUAG